CCAGGCUGCGGCGGCUCUCGGCAUGGCAGCGGAGGCAUCGGAGCGGUUCCUCAGGGUGCUGGCUGAGAGCUGCCAGCUCAUCGUCUCCUCCCUGGGCGAGUACGCGAAGAGGAGCAAGCAGUGGCCCUUUGGCCGGGAGGACGUGCUCGGCUUCUGUGCCUUCACCGAGGGGCACUGCCGUGUCCUCUACCGGCUGCUGGAGAGGAUUCCUCCCGAUGGUGUCAAACAGAAGCUCAUGGUGAAGCAGCUUCUCUACCGCAGCCUCCAGCUCUUUGCCAGUGUGGCCUACGACACCUUCCAGUGCUCCCAGGCAGCGGGCUGGCCGGGUCUGGAGCGGCUGACGGCGGGCUGCAGGAGGAGCGUGGCGUGGAUGCUGGAGGCACUGGAGGGGCUCCCUGAGAGUGAGAGAGCCCAGUACCUCGAUGUCACUGUGUCAUGCACGUUCAAGCUGGCCUAUAUCUUCUACAACCAGAACCUUCACGAGGAGGCCAGCUCUGUCUGCGAGCUCCUCUGCAAGUGGCUGCAGACAGCAGAUGCGUACGCUUGUCCAGAGAUACCCCCGGAGAGGCUGCACAAAUGCUUCAGGCUGCAGGUGGAAAGUUACCGCAAGCUGGGGCGGCUGGAGAGAGCCCUGGCAUGUGUGGUGCAGUGGCUGGCUGCGCUGCAGGGCCAGAUUGGGGAGCUGCUGGCAGAGCCCAUCUCCCUCUGGGUCAGAGUCAAAACAGAUGCUGCAAAACAGGGGGCUGAGGAGUUACGAUUACGGACCCUGAAGGAAGGCUUGGAGGGGCACAGCCUGGAUGCAGAGACCUUGGUGACUGUCCUUUUUGCGGAGUUGAAGGCCUACAAGACUGUGCGAGCCAACACAGGGCAGGAACGCUACAAUGUCCUCUGUGACCUGCUGGAGAUCUGCUCGGAGGAGAGCGGCCGCCUGCAUGAGCGAGCUAUCGGCUUGACAGAGUUGGCCCAGGUCUUGUGCUACCACAGCUACGCCCAGCAGACGGACUGCUCUUCCCUGGAUUCCAUCCAGGAAGCCUUGCGGCUGCUGGAGUUGGUGCCCAGGAGCGCCCAGAACCGGGACCGACUCCUCGAUGACCAGGCACAGGCUCUGCUCUGGCUCUACAUCUGCACCCUAGAGUCCAAGCUGGAGCAGAGCAUAGAGAGGGACCAGAGAGCCAAAGCUCAGGGGCUAACGAACCUGGGUGACUUUGAGCCCAACGACCUCAACUACGAAGGCAGGCUGCUGGAGAACAGAUUCCUGUACGACGGCAUCUCUUUCAACCUGGUGACAGAGACUGGUGAGGAUGCUGACCUGUGGUGUGCCCCCUCAGCUCUGUCCAAAAGCCUGGACGACGCGUUUGCCUUGUGGAAGCAGCUCCUGGCCACGCCGGGUGUCCCGGCCGUGCGCAGCCCUGAGCAGACUGUAGCCUCCCUGCACCUCCUGGCAGCUCUCUACAAGCUGAUGGCCAAGCCCUUGCAAGCCAUGGAGACCUACCUGCUGGUCAGAGCCCUGUGCAGUGCACUUGGGGACAGCCUGGGCAUGGCCAGCGCCCUGUGCCAGCUCACCAAGCUGCUCUUCCAGCUGGAGUGCCCCAGCUAUGCCCAGCUUUUUUUGGAGGAGAUGGAGUCCUGCCUGCAGAAAGCUGACAGCAGCAAUGAUUCCUACCUGCUGCUGCAGCAAACCUGCCUCCUGCUCCGCAGCCAGCUGUGUUGUGUCAACCACCGGAUUGAAGAGGGUCUCACCCUGUUGCUGGAGGUGCUCCAGAACCCAGCUCUGCAAAAAAGCACAAAGGUCUGGUACCUGCUGCGAGCCCAUGUCCUUCAGCUGGUGGCCGUCUACCUGAGCCUCCCUGCUGCCCGCCUCUCGCUCAAGCUUCGGCAGCAGAUCUUUGUGCAAGGGUGGAAGAGUCCCAAGACGGCUCUUGUCGAAGCCCAGAAGCUUUUCCGCAGCAUCAUCCUCCUGCUGAUGGGCAGUGAUGUGCUGGGCUGUCAGAAAACAGCGGCCGAUGUCCAGUUUGUGGAUUACGGGGACAACCUGCUGCUGAAGUGGCAAGUGCUGGCUGAUACACUGGCCUGUUCGGAGCACCUCGUGGCUCUCCUCGGCAGGUUGGAGGUGGUGUGUAAAGCCAAAGCCUUCUGCUUGGAGGCUGUCAAGCUCGCCGUGAAACUGCAAGCCACCCGGUGGUGUACUUCUUUCCUGGUGCUGAAGGCUCAGCUGGAGCUGCAGCAGAGUGAGCUGGAGCUGAGCCACUUCGACCUCCAGCAGGCUCUCUUCCUCCUGGAGUCUGAUGCUGACCUUGGAGCCAGCCAGAGGCAGAAAGGCCAGAUGAAGAUCCUGCCCAGGAAAGGCAAACUUGAGGGCAAGAAGCCAAGGGACUCCAUCUCUGAGCCCCUCAGGGAAGAGGAAGCUUUCCUGAAGGGCCCUGCACUGGAGUUUGUGGCCACAGUGAGUGGGCUGGAGAAGGCGGAUGCUCUCACCGCCUCACCGGAGCUGAAGCCUGAGAGGAGGAAGAGACUGGCCUUCCUCACCCACCCGGCAGCCUGCCUGUGCCGCCUCUGCUCCGACUUGGCCCUCUCAGCUCUCUGCCUGCGCUGGCUCCUCUCCUGUGCCCACGGCGAGCUGGCAGCGGGCAGCACAGCCGAGGGGCUGGGUCUGAUCCACGAGGUGCUGCCACGCUGCGCCGCCGUGGCCACACGCUUCGCCGCCGUGCUGCGAGACAAGCUGUGGGGCGGCUCCGUCGGCCGGGACCUGCCUGUGCUGGAGCUGCUGGACAAUCUGGUGGCCACUGGCUAUGCUGCGUUGGCCCUUCAGAGCCUGGCCAGCCCCCGGCCGGCAGAGGAGCUGCAGGAGGAGCUGCAGACGGGGUUGACCACCUUAGCAUCCUGCAGCCCCCACCUGCCCAGCCUGGAGGUCUCCAGGGCCAGCCUGCUGCUCACCAAAGCCACAGCCGCCGUUUGCCGCCUGGCUUCCAAGCACGGCAGCUCCGUGGAUGGUGUUUUUGCCAGCUCUAGGAACUGCCAGCUGCCCACGCUGACUCCGAUGGAGCCCAAAGUGGCGGCUGUGCCCCAGACCCUCAAGAUGGGCAAGGCUGAACCUCAAAGGCGCAAAAAGAAGACAGCAUUGGCCCCUGCCAUGCCCAAGCCCAGAGUGAAGAAGAGCCAGAGAGCGAAGCCCCUGGUUGUGCCGAACACCGAUGACGCCUUUGCUCUGGGUGACUCGGACAGUGAGGUGCCCCCCAUCGUCAUCCAGCCGGUGACAGUGCCCUGCACCCCGCACCAGAAAGCCUGUCCCCUCGCCAAGGCACGUGCAGCCCUUGGCCCCAGGACUCCCUUCACCAUCUUCAGUGAAUCCUCCCCGCCGGCUGGCAAGUCCCGGCACCCACGAGCACCCAAAGUCUUGCAGAAAGUCAAGUCUCGCCUAAAGGUGACGUUCAGUGAUGACAGCGACAUGGAGGAUCCUGAAGCGGGGCCGACUCCCACAGCUACCCGCAAGACAUCCUGUGCCCGAAAAGCUCUGCCUGCCAAAUCCAUGGGGUCCCAGGCAAGCUCGCUGGGGUUUGGUGGCCAGAGCAGCACUGCCCAGCCCCGGAGAGGGCGGCCAGGCAGCCGUCGAGCCGGGGCUGCGGAGGAGAAGAGGGAGCGGAUGACCCGUAGGGCUCCCAGAAAGAGAGUGGAGGAACGGGAUCUUCUGAGAACCAUUGAGGAAGAGGAGAAGGUGGAGGAAGAGCUUGAGAUCAGCUUUGAGGUCUUGCGGGCCUCUGAGGAAGAGGAGGGAGCUCCAGGCAGGAGACGGCUGCCUCGGCGCAGGCAGGAGGGUGCAGACGUGGAGCACGAGGUCCUGCAGCAAGAGGCCGGCGAGGACGUCUUGGCAGCGCGGUGGCUGGGCAGCGGGGACCCCCUGCGCCUGGAGGGGACCCUGUCCUCCACCCUGCCUACGGCUGGCGAUGUCUCCUCGCUGGACACAGUCCUUGAGCUCCUGAAAGAUGCUUUCAACUGCAUCAGCCACUGCCCUCCCGGUGCACUCUACAGCCAGCUCUGCCAGCUCCUGGCUCUGGCCAUGGGGAACCAGGACCCCCUCCUCACCGCGUACCUGCUCUCCGAGUCAGUCUCCGUCACCACUCGCCAUCAGCUGCUCAGCAUCAUCCACAGGAAGAUUCACAAAGAGAAGAAGUCAGCGGGGGACGUGGCCGAGCAGCUCCGGGGGCUCUCCUUGCAGGAGGGGAGCGCUGCCCAGCGCAGACACCACCUCACCGAACUUGAGAGACUCUUCAUGUUCAGCUCCACAGGGCUGGGAUCUGAGGAGCGGGACAGCUUCCAGGCGCAGCUGCAGCAGAUCCCCAGCGGGGUGACAGUGUGCGUGUUGACCCUCGUCAGCAUCCGGCCUGGCUCCGUAGGGGACACGCUGCUGCUGGCACGGCUGGAGAAGGGCACUACUCCUGUGAACAUCCGUAUCCCCACCGCGCUCGCCAAGGCCCCGCUGCGCUCGGUGCUGAGCGACUUUGAUGCCAUCCAGAAGGAGCAGAAGGAAGUCAACAGCUGCACGGACAAGCGAGAAUGGUGGCUGCGCCGCUCCGAGCUGGACCGCAGGAUGAAGAGCCUCAUCGAGACCCUGGAGACGCAGGUGCUGGGCUGCUGGAGGGGGGCCCUGAUCCCCACUGCUCCCCAUCCCAGUCUGGCAGAGGAAGCCACCCAUUUGCACACCCAGCUCUGCCAGUGCGGCUGGAGGGACUCGGAUCCCACCCUGCUCAAGGUGGUGCUGAACACUGCUUCCCUUCUUGGCCCCCAUGACGUGCAAGCCCUGGCCUUCAGCCUCUGCCCAGCGCAGCCCCGCAAGGCUCAGCUCCUCUUGCAGGAGGCGGUGGAGAAGUGGAGAGCCUGCACCACGCAGAUGGGCGGCUCCCUCGUCCUGGUUCUGGAUAAGCACCUGCAGAAGCUGCCCUGGGAGAGCAUGGCGUGCCUGAAGGCUGUGCCUGUAACCAGGCUCCCUUCCCUGCGCUUCCUGGUCAGCUACUCCCUGGCACAGGAGCAGUCAGGGUCCGUGCUGAGCCGCGGAGUGAACCCCAGCAGCACCUUCUACGUCCUCAACCCACACAGCAACCUCCUGGGCACUGAGGAACGAUUUCGGGGCUGGUUUGAGAGCGAACCUGGCUGGAGAGGUGUGACAGGAGCCGUCCCAAGGCCGGAGCAGAUGCAGGCAGCCCUCCUGGAGCACGACCUCUACAUUUAUGCGGGCCACGGAGCAGGUGCCCGCUUACUGGACGGACAGACCAUCGCCCGGCUGGAUUGCCGUGCCGUCGCCCUGCUCUUCGGCUGCAGCAGCGCCGCGCUCGCUGUCCGUGGCAGCCUGGAGGGCUCCGGCAUCAUCCUCAAGUACAUCAUGGCCGGCUGCCCCUUCGUCCUGGGGAACCUGUGGGAUGUGACAGACCGGGAGAUCGACCGCUAUGCCCAAGCGCUGCUGCAGGGCUGGCUGAGGGGGGGCUCGGGUGCCCCGCUCCUGUCCUACGUCACCCAGGCCCGCCAAGCCCCCAAACUUAAGUACCUCGUCGGGGCAGCCCCCGUUGCCUACGGGCUGCCCGUCUGCCUGCAGUGA